GGUCGCGCACUGUCCUAUAUAAUGUGAACACGUUGCUUUACCGCUUACAACCCGACCUACUCGCACGCCGCAAACAUCCACCCGCCACUCAACACAUUCCGGAGUGGGCAGUUUUCCAGAUCGGCGUCAGUCAGUUAGCGCAUCCACCGCUCGGCCAUAGCGCGUGCGCACCUCAAGUGAAACUGUGUCAGUGUCCAAGCACCUAAAACACGCAACAUGAAUUCAUACGUGAAAAUCGCUCUUGUAUUGUGCGCCUAUGUAGCGCUUACCUCAGCCCAGUUCGGCUACGGAGGCUUUGCAGACUUCGGCAGUAGUUUUGGUGGUAACUUCAACUACCUUUCGGCCGCUGCCAGAGAUCCGAGGGCGAAUCCUGGUCCGGUGCUGUUUCCCCCCUCGCCGGCCGGUGACCCCUCGCAGACAAGCGGAGUGGUGGUCGGUGCUUCCGGAUAUGGGUUCGUGCCCCCCGGCUCCCAAGGACCUGCUGUGCCAAGAUUUGUUUAUCGAAAACUUUAUUUUAGAUGAAAACAUUGCGAUUAGUUAAUUUUUUUUUAUUUCCCUAAGAAUUGUACAGAACGAUUAUUAGCCUCAAAUAGUUUAAACAGCAGUGCGAUUUUUUAUUUAUUAAUAUAAAACAAUGUGUGUAAUAAUAAUAUUUUAAAAUCUGUGAUAUCGCUUUAGUUACAUGAAUAAAUGUGUUUCGUAACAGUACUGUAAACGUUACCAUUUCGUUAUUAUUGUUUGAUUACUAUUUCAAUUGUGUACGUUGUAAAUAAUUUUAUGAUUGAAUGAAUUAGAACGAAUAAAUGAUAUUUUAA